AUGUGGAAUGAGGUGCGGGAGAGUGUGAUGGAGGCAGAGUCAGUAGAGACAUUCAAAAGAGAAUUACAUUGUUAUCUGAAAAGGAAGAAUGCGCAGGGUUACGGGAAGCAGGCAGGAAAUGGCAUGGACCAAGAAAGACAUGAACCUAUUUGUAGCAAAGUUUCCAACAAGAAAAAAAGAGUCUUCAAUUCGUACAAGCAAAGAGCUGCUGGGACAGGCAUUUCAUCAGUGAGAGGCCCAUCAGUUGCCAAGAUGUCUCUACCUGUGUCACACUGGAAACAACAGCAUGAAGAUUUUAUCAACACCAUCAGGUCAGCUAGGCUCGCCACAGAUGCUGUUAAAAAGGGCCUGCCUCUUCCCCCUCCCCCACCUGCCAGCAUCAACCCAGAUUACAUCGAGUGCCCGUACUGUAACAGGCGUUUCAACGAAACAGCUGCCGAGCGACACAUCAACUUCUGCAAGACUAACGUUAACCGCAAAGUUGUGGCCAGGCAGGCCCCGGUGCCGUCCUCCAUCCAGCCGAGAGCUCCCCCUCCUCCAGCACAAGUUCAGCUGGCCUCCAAGCAGCUCACAAGUCCAUCAAAGGCAGCAGGUCCUCCAUCAAGAGGCAAACUGACUGCAGCUGCUCAGGCUGUAAUGGGAGUCAGAGCAGGUCUCGAUACAGUCGGAAGUAACGGCAGAGUACGGAGAUUGGGAAAAGCUGGGAGAAGAAGUUCCAAACUGCAGCAGGACCAAUGUCUGAGUGAAUCCAGCUGCACCUGA